AGAAAAAGCGUUGAUUUUGCUGCACAUUCUCUCUCUCUCUUUUGUUUGUUAUUCCACACCGAUCUUCUCCCUAUAUCUCCGACGUACUCAUUCUCCGGUGACGGAGAAUAAGCUUAAACAUUUCCCACGAAUUUUCCAUUUUUUGUUAUUUUUUUUAAGUUAAAAAAAAAGGAUCCAUCACCAUUGCGGAAUUUCAAAGCCUUCUUUUAUUUAUCUGUAACGUUAAGUGUUGUCUUCAAUAGUUUCUGUGUUGAUAAGAGUUGAAACUUGUCACUGAGAUUCUUUAAUUUUUUUUUUCAGUAUUUUUUUUUUGGCUUUAUUUAAUUAAGCAAGAUCUGGGUCUUUCGAGGUGUGUGAUUAAUGCUCACUGAGUAGCAGUUUCUCUGGGCGUGUAAUUACGAUUAGUUUUUUUAUUAUUAUUAUUAAUCUCCGCUAAGUGUUCGAUGAAAUUCCUCUGAGAGAAAACAUCUGUGAGAAAAGGGUAGAAAAAAAAAGAAGAAUGUGUAAAACGGAGAAGUUUCUUUACCACAGGAAGCUAUGGGAGAUAAAGGUUAGGCUUUUAGGAGAUAGCAAGGUUGAGAAACUCAGAAACUCCAUUGUCUCGAGGUCUCGUAUGAGUCUAUGGAUGAUUCGUGCUGUUUCUGUGUUGUUGCUAUGGAGUUGUUUCGUUCAUUUGAUGGCUUUGGGAGAUAUGUGGGGGCCUAGAUUGUUCAAAGGUUGGCCUUCUUGUUUUAAUCAACAUGGUUUGUCUACUGCCUUGGAGAUGAAGUCUCUUCCUGCUAAAAUUGCUCUUCCUCCUAAAAGGGUGUAUCGGAACAAUGGUUAUCUUAUGGUUUCUUGUAAUGGAGGACUCAAUCAAAUGCGAGCAGCUAUAUGCGAUAUGGUUACUGUUGCACGGUACAUGAAUGUUACACUUAUUGUGCCUGAGCUUGACAAGACCUCCUUUUGGAACGAUCCAAGUGAGUUUAAAGACAUUUUCGAUGUGGAUCACUUCAUAUCUUCGUUAAGAGAUGAAGUUCGUAUACUUAAAGAGUUGCCUCCAAGGGUUAAGAAAAGAGUUGAGCUUGGAAUGUACCACGAAAUGCCUCCUAUUAGUUGGUCAAACAUGUCUUACUACCAAAAUCAGAUUCUUCCCUUGGUGAAGAAGCAUAAGGUCUUACAUCUGAACAAAACCGACUCAAGACUCGCUAAUAAUGGACUGCCUGUGGAGGUUCAGAAGCUGAGGUGCCGAGUGAAUUUCAACGGCCUUAAGUUUACUCCUCAAAUUGAAGAACUAGGUAGAAGAGUAGUCAAUAUUCUGAGAGAGAAAGGUCCCUUUCUCGUCCUGCAUCUCAGAUAUGAGAUGGAUAUGUUAGCAUUCUCUGGUUGCUCACAUGGUUGCAACCCCGAGGAAGAAGAAGAACUAACAAGAAUGAGAUAUGCUUAUCCAUGGUGGAAGGAGAAAGUUAUAAACUCCGAGGAGAAGAGAAAAGAAGGCCUUUGCCCAUUAACUCCUGAGGAAACUGCUCUCACGCUGACCGCGUUGGGUAUUGACCGUAAUGUUCAAAUAUACAUAGCUGCUGGAGAAAUCUACGGUGGUGAAAGGCGGAUGAAGGCUUUAACUAACGCCUUUCCAAAUGUGGUCCGGAAAGAAACCAUACUGGAAUCCUCUGAUCUAGAUUUUUGUCGGAACCAUUCAUCUCAAAUGGCUGCACUUGAUUACCUAGUGGCUGUUGAAAGCGAUAUAUUUGUUCCAACCUAUGAUGGGAACAUGGCAAGAGUCGUUGAAGGUCAUCGCAGAUUCUUGGGAUUUAAGAAGACAAUUCAGCUGAAUAGGAAGUUUCUAGUUAAGCUGAUAGAUGAAUAUACCCAAGGAUUGUUGACUUGGGAUGUGUUCUCAUCCAUGGUGAAGGCGUUUCACUCUACUCGAAUGGGAAGUCCGAAGAGACGGUUAGUGAUUCCAAAUAAACCGAAGGAAGAAGACUACUUCUACUCCAACCCGCAAGAAUGUCUGCAGCUGUUAGAUGAACCAUUGAGAGUCAUUUGACCAUUGCCGAGAAGAGAACAUUUACAGUCUUAAAGAUGGAGUUACAGUGAGUUUCUUUAUUUUUACAGGUUUGAGUUACUUAGAGUUCUUGGUGAAUAGAUUUCUGAAUGAGCUUCCAUGGAUGGAGAGAAAAAAAAAAUGAUGCUGAUUGAAGCUUACAUUGUAAAGUUUGGCAUCCAUGGCAUUGCCAGUUUUGUUAGCUAAAUAAAAAGUGCCAUUUUAUGUAAAUUAAAGCUUUGAUUAUUCUAUAUUUCAGAUUAUUAUUUCCUCUCUUCAGUUUACACAU